AUGGCAUCUCUUCUCCACUCCUUGUUUCACAGCAUUUUCUCAACUCGAGACACCACAGAGCCUGAUCGGCCUGUCUUUGGCGAAGAGGAUAUGAAAGUUCUGCUGGGACACUUCCCUCCAAGUCAAGUCUGCACAACCUCUGAAGGCUCGCUUUUACUUCCACUGCGUUCAGGAGUAGGUUUGCUAAAAACUGAGGAUGUUAGAGAAAAAUUGAGGGUGACCAUUGACUCCGGAUCGCGGAGUUUUGCAGUUUUUGAUAUUGCAGAGGCGCUUGACCUAAGUGAGGAGGAGAUUCGAAGCUGCCUACCUGCUGAAGAAGACCUGUCCGAUUGGACGCUUGAUCGCGGCUCUGCCGUCAUCACGAGACCUGCGUACCAAGAAAUUGCACAGUGUUUGCUGCAUGCCUCUCAGACUGCACCCAUACAGAUUGCGCAAUUCACCGACGAAAAUGGGCUUUCUGCUGCGUGCCUUCGGACACUCGUACGGCGCCUGAAUGCUGGUUUGAGCGACCCUGAGGGACCGCUUCUACGUGAUGAUAACACCCUUUUUUAUGCCGGAUAUUCGGAAGAAUGGCUCUGCAGCCUAAGCUUCCAAGAAGCACUGCAACAAGAAUUGACCAACCGGCUGCGAUCUGCGACCGGACCUUAUUCGCCCAAUUCCAAUGAAUUCACUGGCGCUCCAUCCCAAGCCUUCCUUUUAUGGUGUAUGGACUCUAUCAGUCGGGAUCCCAGAGUGACGUUUGAUGGGUACUUCCACACCGAGGCUGACCAUGUCAUCUUCUUUCCCCUAUGCUACUUGCACCAGCUGAGGGAAACUCUUAUACGCCGACUCGAGGCAGGGGCCAUCAAAUCUGUAUCUGUCGACGAGCUGCAGAGACGUUUGCCAAAUCGAGUCUCCGUGUCGGACUAUUUGGUGAAAGAAGGAGAUAGUCGUGUCGUCAUUUUAUCGGAAAGAGCGAUAGCGAAAUUAGACUAUGACAGCCUCGUCCGUUCGGUCAUCAAAUCAGUUGCGGAUGAUGGAUUCGCUGCAUUGGACGUCUCUGAUUUUGAAUUAUCUGUCACGGAUACCAAAAGGCUGAACGAGAAGAUAUAUGCAUCUUUAAGGUCUCAACUUCGUCAAGGGGUAAAUCUUGGCGAUGUACAUCUCAUAUCCGGUGUCUUCUUCCACAAAACGUUUCUCGAAAGCCUCAAGGAGGAUGCUCGCGUCCAGGCCGAAUUGCAGGGAAGAAUAUGCUCCGAAAAUGGCACGGAUGAUAAAUUUUCCAUUCGACAAGUCCAGCAGAAGCAGGUUCGACAAUUUCCAGCAGUAAGCAUUCAGGUCCUUUCCGAUAUCUACGACAAAGAAACCAAACUUGGGCUGGAGACUGCAUUCAAUUCUCAGAAAAAGAAGGUGAAAGACGAAGCGGUGUGUCGUUUUGUGACUUUAUGGCGCGAGAAAGUUAUGGUGAGAUUUCAGCUUCAUUACUCUGCAAUUGAAACCUUGGACGAUGCAAAAUUAUGUGCAGAACUUCAAGGCGCCCUUUGUGGAUAUAUGACGACUUCCGUCCUUAGGGAGACAGUACAGACAGCCCGAGCAGAAUCUUUCUUGCGGGGGAAAUCCGCCACUCGUCAUAUAGAAGAACUUCAACGAUCUCUUAAUUCCAAUGACCUUGAGGACGAUCCCGGAAGAAAAUUGACUGGCUUAUUGCAGAGCUUGCAAACGUUUGCGACGAAAGAGAAGAUACAAUGGUGCGACGAAGAGCUUUUGAGAACGCGCAAAUUAUCUAUUCUUCGAGACAUGGUCAGGACACUUCGUGGGUCGAUAGAUGAUGCACGGCUCUUUCUGACACUGGUUGUGGUUCUUCUUGCAAGUCGACGACAAGGAAUUAUUUACGCCAGCGGUCGCUUCGCUCCUAGAUUGCUGAGACAGCUGUGCACCGAGAUUGAGGCCGACCAGUAUAACUGGCUGCAGAAGAUAAAGGAGGCUGCCAAAGGUAGUAGCAUGACAUCUCAAGAUCGAGCCUUGGCGCUUAAUAUCGCCGAACAGGCUCUUUCUUCGAUCCUGGCAUAG